UUGACCUUAGUGCCGUCAUUAUUAAAAGUACAAAAUGCAUAGCAGUACGUGCAACUUAAAAACAGCUCAACUCUCAACUUAACCUGACCGAAAACCUGACCGGAGACGAUGAGUAAUCAACCGUUAAACACUCUCCGGCCAAACGAAACCCUAGAACUCGAAAGCGGAUUAUCUCUAAUCCCUCGAAUUAAACUCCUCUUAACAAUCUACCGUGCCGACAAAUCCGUUUCUCCAAUCGAUGAAUGGAAAUUCAAGCGAUCACUAAUCGAUUACAUAAAAUCCACAUUCUCGAUUUCCAUCCCUGAAGAAGACCUCGAAAUCCGUAAAUUCAAAGACCUCAACAAACGCAAGCGCGUGGAACCUGUAGCGCGUGGUCGCCUUUUUGUUCACGACUUAGGGUUUCUAUCUAAGGUGAUUGGUGAAACUGAAACUGUGGAUGAUGUGGAUAUAGCUGAUAAGAAGUUUCUAGAAUGGAGGAGGGGCUUUGUGGAGAAAUUGGAUGGGAUUGAGUUGAAUUUGGAAGGUGUGAAGUUUAAGUUGAAUGUGGAAGUGCCAGUAAGUGAUGAUUUUGAAGGAAUGAAGAAGGAGUGGGAAGAGAUUAUUGCUUUUGGUGCUCGUGGAUAUCAGAGGAGUGGAAGGAUGCAGCCAGAUACGAUCAUCUUGAAAGGUAUGCCAUCACGAUGGUUUGCAGAGACGAGGGUCUCUUCUAAGCCCUCAAUGUUGGUUACUCACACAAUUAUUUCUGCGCUUGGAAAGAUAAGGAAUCUUCAUGUUGCUGAGGACAAUGGUAUAGGUGACGAUGCAGAUGAAGGAGACAUAGUUUCUGGUCUUCAUUGUAAGAUUGUAGUGCGGUUUGAGUCGCACAAGGACUUCUUUGACGCCUUGAAGGUUUUGUGUGGUCGCUCAUUACAGAAGCAAGGAUCACGCCUCAGAGCUGAUUAUGACGUGACUUGGGAUAAGGAUGGAUUCUUCCAAGAUGCUAGACAUCAAAUAGAAGAAAGAAAGAGAAUGCCAGGAAGAGGAGUAGAAGAAAGAGAUGAAGGUCAUAGGCAGCGCUCGCGAGUCUCUCAAUUUAGUUCUGAGGAAGGACGGCGAAAGAGAUUCAAGGUCUAAAGGACACACUUUUUGAUACUUCUCCUUCAAUUCUUAUUUGUGACUACAGCAACUGUGAUUAUUAAUUGUCUAUCUCUUGCUUCUUUCCAAAUGUGGCAGAAGUGAAAAAGUAAUUAAAGUUGCACUUCAAUUAGGGAGGAGAUUAAAUUGAAUAAACUUCUUGUUGAAUUGCAGGAAUAGGGCAGGAGCGUUUUUGUUUAUCACCUUUGGAGAGUUCCCCCAAUCAAGCAGAGACCUGAAGAUGAUAUGUAAUUUUUAAAGGGUCGAGAAAUGAUAAAUUAUCUGAUUCUGUUAUGUGGCUCCAUUUUAUCAGGUAUAUGUUCCUUCUACAGAGCCCAAUCUGUACCUUCUUCUUUUUAAAA